GAGCGGGGAGCUCAGCGCGCUCCGCCGACGCCGCUGGCAGUGGGGCUGUUUCUGGACGGCGGAACCGCUUACGCCCGGCACCUCGGCCGCCUGCCGCGCCCGUCUGCACCCGUGUCCUCUCCCGGGACGCGGUGACCAUUUUUCAAUCACGAGGGCGCGGGUCAGCCUCCCCUAGGACUUCAUGUCUGUAUAUUUCCCCAUUCACUGCCCUGACUAUCUGAGAUCGGCCGAGAUGACCGAGGUGAUGAUGAACACCCCAUCCAUGGAGGAGAUUGGCCUCAGCCCCCGGAAGGACGGCCUUUCCUACCAGAUCUUCCCCGACCCGUCAGACUUCGACCGCUGCUGCAAGCUAAAGGACCGCCUGCCCUCCAUAGUGGUGGAGCCCACAGAGGGGGAGGUGGAGAGCGGGGAGCUGCGGUGGCCCCCCGAGGAGUUCUUGGUCCAGGAGGACGAGCAAGACAACUGCGAAGACACAGCGAAGGAAACCAAGGAGCAGUAGGGUCGCUGCGGCCUCCCGCGGGGCGGUGCCCGCCGGCGGCAUCGGUCCCUGAACUGUGUUUUUCCCAUCGUGGAAGGCGAGCGUGAGCCCCGGUAGUUCUGAAAAUGUCAAAGGAGGCUUCCGUUUUGCACCUGCGUCUCCCCGAGUGGGUUUUCUUUCGUCUUUUCUUUUUCUUUUUUUGAACUGUGGCGAGCAGUGGAGCCCUCUGACAACUUGCAAGGUCUUCUGAGAAAGGAAGCUGCUCAGAGCCGGGGUUUGGGGUGUGGGCGAGCGAUCGUAUCCGGGCUCCGGCAGCCAGGGGCGGU